AUAAAAGAAGCUUCUUCGUCCUCACUUUUUCCAUUCAAACAACAAAAUUUCAAAAACUGCGGGCUACAAAGCAACCGAUGGAAUGAAUAGUUGACUGGGAAGUACAUGUACAUAACUUGAAUAUCUAUCAGCAUAAUUAGUCGGGCAACCAUGAAACAGAGUUGCUCCAACCAGUUGCUAGCGCUAGGUCUGUCCUUGGUGGCGCUGUGCGCGUUGAUUCAGCUGGAGUUGCCGUCGUGGGUAUCCAGCAGCAAGAUCAAUCAUAGCAACGGUCAAGCUGCUACCCUUAUUGUUCCAACCUCGGAGAUUUCAGCUGGAGACGAGCGUCAGCUCCAACAAGAACCAAGUUGCUCUGCUUUGAGUCCUACCCGACUUCCAUUGGCCGUGGGAGAAGAAGAGUUUCAUCUUGGCUUGGAUCGCAAAUUUGUGGAACGCAUGAACUUUACUCUGGCGUUUCAAUAUUUGUUUCUGGACCGAGAUAUUCACAAUGGGGCGGCAGCGGUACAAGAAUUUGAUCUGGCAUUUUACGAGGCCUGGUCGGAUAGCAACGACGGCGCCUUGGUAGCCAAACAAGGGAGAGUGGACGGCAAUGCUACCGAUAUUAGUGGUGGGUAUGAUGAGGCUUGUCACGGGGUCUUUCAGGCCACUCUGAGUCCCACACACAUCGUUGACAAUAUACAAAAUCUGAAUCCCUUUUCCGUACAUAUGCAAGGCACCGAUUGCCGCAUACGACAAGGCUUUAUGGACGCAUACUUUAACGGAUAUCUAGACAACUUUCGAGACGCCAUGCAACGGUGCGUAGCCUUGUGUGUCCCGGCGACCGGAGAACCCUGUCCUGUGGUCCUCUCGGGACUCUCUCAAGGCGGAGGAGUGGCCAUUGUGGCAGCACUGGAUUUGAAAGCGUACGAUAUGGAUCCCACCAUUAUCACCUUUGGAGCCAUGAGGGCUGUGGUCGGACACGAUCCGGCAUUCCCCUGCACUGAUUUGGACACCUCCCGACAUUUCCGAUUCACCAAUUCCAAUGCGGCGGGUCAAUACGAUGCCAUUGCCAAUCAACGAUUCCCUGCCGACAAUAUACAAGUGGGACAUUCCAUACUCUUGGACGAAAUCAAUUAUCCCAUGCUGUACUUGGGACUCGAUGAAGAUAGGGAUCGCUUCCCUUGGAGUGUCGACAUGCAUCAUCGCAAUUCGUACCGAGACCGAAUCAAUGGAUUGUUGGCCAUGCCAGAUGACUGUUUUCCCAUUCCGUUGGGCAAAUGGCCAGCCGGACAUAUCUGUCACAAUGAUGAUGAGUGUCACGGGACCUGUGUCAGCUGGACUUGUACAGACUCACUGCUCGUUGGUGGUCACCCGUGCGACACUGAUGAGGACUGUGAAUCUGGAAGUUGUACCUGGCGUAUUGGGUGGUUUCAUUUGCUGAGACUUUGUGAAUAAGCAAUGAACUGGAGUUCGAGGGCGACUGUUCACGCAAAAGAACAUCGUAGAUGUAGAAAAUAAUUUUGGAUCAACAACAUUACGAAUGUCGUGAUGGCUGAAGAUGGAGCGCAACGGUAGUCCCUGCCACGGAAUGGUAUCGGAGGAUUUCGAUUUAGUAGUCGCACCAGCUAUCAUAUUUGGAUUAUCGUGCUUGCCCGUUGUCAAUGUAAGGCCGACUUUGUCCCCCCUUUGCAUUCGACAUGCUCUCCAUUCGCUACUGUUCACGGUUCCUCUGCAUCCUUGACAAUGCUCAUGGUUUUCUCAUCACCGCCACAACGAACUGCAGGUAGGUCGUUUCCUGUUUGAUAUCUCGUUCUGUGCGGGCCUCCCCGUUGGCUUUGGUCCCCUCCAAUCGCCCAUAGUUGGGAAUGGUACUGCAAAAGGACAAGUGGUAUUGCUGGGCCCUCGUACUAGCAGCUAGAAUAUCGGCAAUCUUCCACAACACGGUGAAUCGUUGAUGCGACAAUGGAGAAUCCGGAGUAAAGUCUUUCGAAAUGCCGUUGUUGAUGGUAAUGCGGAACCACAUUUGGCGCUGCAUGUUGGUGAGACGAAAGGCCAAGUACUCUAAAUCGGGUUCAUGAAGCGUAAAUUGUAGAGGUUGCUUGUCAUUGUCUUCUUGACAUCCUGGCAAGCGCCAGAAAGUCUUUCGAUCCAUUCUUCGAUAAUCCUCUCGGUCGGAAUUGACCACCAGACUGUCCAUUAGUGCCAACGACUGCAUGGUUUGGCUAUUGAAAUUGGAUACAUUGGGGGCAUGUGGCAAUUCCGGUGACAUGGACGCCACCCGUGCUACUAGAUGACCUUGAACAAAGGCAUCAAAGAAUGGAUUCGCCAAAAAGGGAUCGCGCUCAGCAGGUCGAAAUGGUUUCAACUCUGUUGGUUGUUGUUGCGGUGGUGUGGAUGUUUGUUGCAGUGUCGAAUGAGAAGUGCAAUGAGCGCCAAUGUUUUCCAACAAGGCAUAGUGUACCAUGGAUGAGAUCAGUUGGUUGGCAGUACAGGAUGGAUGAAGGGGGUCAUCCAAGAGUGCCUCGACAUUGUCCGCUACGACGGUUCCAUUGAUACCUCGUGCCACAUUGAUGACUUGUAUAUCCCAGUUCAUAAUGGAUUGAUAAUGACGAAUGACAUCCCACUGUCUUUGCAGAACUUGAUCUCGCAAGUGUCCCGAUAGUUUCAUUUCCUCUAGAUGUUUCCCUUCGUCGUAGUCCCAAAGAUGCAACAGCAACAGAGGUGGUGGAGGUGAAAUGCCUGCCGCCGCAAAGAGCGAAUAGACUCGUGCCAUCCACAGGUCCAAGUGCCCCGUGACAUCUCCUCGUCGUCUGGGAACGUCAAGAUUCAGUCCAUCAUUGACACUGAAUUCUCGAAUAAUGAGAUCAGUAUUGUAGGGAUCCAUCAAAUGGUCCACCACCAAGGCAUUGUCAAAUGAAUCGGUGCCGCCCUGGGCAAAGUUGUGUACGUGAAAGUGGAUGGUGGCUGAUGGUUCAUCAUGAUUGUCAUGAUCAUGAUGACUCCAAUUGCUG